AUGGAGCAGAAAAUGGCCGCCUGAGAGGGGGAGGGAAGGAGACGCUGCUGCCGCUCGGGGAGGGACGGAGUAGGGCGAGCCAGGGCCGAGCCCGCUGAGCACCGGGGCAAGCAACGGACCGAGACCCGGGGGGGAGGAGGGAGCCUGGCGGCGGCGGCAGACACCAAUUGGUAUUUCUUGGCUGAUCUGAAGUGUUGAUGUUUAACUCUUUCCUUCAGUGAGGACUGCAAAGCUGAGCAGCUUCAUUGCUAAAAAAUCAAGUGGCAACACUUGAUUAGAUCUGCACUCACUACAUCUUAGAGACAUGAGCUCCUCCAGACAUUUGUGCUCUCCCUCGCCAGUUCUGUGCUGACAGAAGAAGGGAAAUUUCAGGUUGUGUUACGCAGAUACUUUCCCACUCUUUCACCAACAUGGAAAGCUCAGAUUCUAACGAUAAAGGAAGUAUUGAUCACUCAGAAGCACAGCGCCGGAGUCAGCUGGAUCGAUUAGAACGUGAAGAAGCUUUCUAUCACUUUGUAAAUAACCUGAAUGAAGAGGACUAUAGGCUUAUGAGGGAUAACAAUUUGCUAGGAACACCAGGUGAAAUUACUGAAGAAGAAUUGAUGAGAAGGCUACAUCAAGUUAAAGAAGGUCCACCACAGCAAAAUGGUGAUGAGAAUAGAGGUGCAGAAUCCACAGAAGAUGUUUCUAAUAGAGAUUCCAUAAUAGACUGGCUUAAUUCAGUACGACAGACUGGAAAUACCACACGGAGCGGGCAAAGAGGAAACCAGUCUUGGAGGGCAGUGAGCCGGACUAACCCUAACAGUGGUGAUUUCAGAUUUAGUUUGGAAAUAAAUGUCAACCGUAAUAAUGGGAACCCAAACCCAGAAGCUGAAAAUGAGCAAUCUGUAGAGCCCUCUAAUGGUGAGGAUUUGGAAAAUAGCCAAAGUGACACUGAGACUCCAAGAUCUGAAUCGCCAUCUGUAAGGCAGCCUGGCUCAGAGAGAAGUACCGCUGAGGAGUUAGCAACUGAGGAAGCAUCUCCUCUCAGAGGCCAGAGAAGAGCAAGAAGCAGGAGCCCAGAACAACGAAGAACCCGGGCUAGGACUGAUAGAAGUAGGUCACCUAUUAAUCCAGCAAGUGAGACUCCUCGCAGGUCUCCUCACAAUAUGCCAUCUCAGACACUUGAUCAUUCCCUGGUAAAUGAAUCCGAGGGAAGUUCUAGAACUAGACAGCAUGUGACGUUAAGGCAACAUACAACGGGGACUGAGAUUGCAAGUGAAAAUGCAGUUGUGUUUUCAACCCCUGAAACAAGACCGGCUCCUCCUGCAUUAGGUUCUUCAGAAACAAAUGGCAGCAGUGAGUCUGCAGCUCCUGGACAGAGGCCACCUACUAUAGUUCUUGAUCUUCAAGUGAGAAGAGUCCGUCCAGGAGAAUAUCGGCAGAGAGACAGCAUAGCCAACCGAACCCGAUCCAGGUCCCAGACACCAAACAAUACAGUCACUUAUGAAAGUGAACGUGGAGGGCUUAGGCGCACAUUUUCACGUUCAGAACGGGCUGGAGUGAGAACUUACGUCAGUACCAUUAGGAUUCCUAUUCGUAGAAUCAUAAACACAGGCUUUAAUGAGACAACAUCGGUCGCAAUUCAGACCAUUCUAAGGCAGAUAAUGACAGGUUUUGGAGAAUUAAACUACUAUAUGUACAGUGAUGGUGAUGCAGAUCCUAGUGGCCCAGCCCCAAACCAAAAUGUAGAUGCUCCUGAGCUACAGAAUGGAGGUGAUAGUGGUAGUACUAGUUCACGCAGUGAAAGUACUGAAGGUAGCUCAGGGGAGGUAUAUGAAAGUAGUAAUGAAGGAGGUUCAACAUCUGCUAGGCGGGAAGGUCGGAAUACUAGGGGAUCAGUCACUUUUGAAGAAAGUGGCUCUUUACCAUUCCUUAGCCUAGCACAGUUUUUUCUACUAAAUGAGGAUGAUGAUGACCAGCCAAGAGGACUCACCAAAGAACAAAUUGACAACCUAGCAUGGAGGAAUUUUGGUGAAAGCGAUGCUCUGAAAACCUGUAGCGUCUGUAUUACAGAAUACACAGAGGGCAACAAGCUUCGUAAACUGCCUUGUUCCCAUGAGUACCAUGUCCACUGCAUUGAUCGCUGGUUAUCAGAAAAUUCCACUUGUCCUAUUUGUCGUAGAGCAGUCUUAGCGUCUGGUAACAGAGAAAGUGUUGUCUAAAUGAGAUCUGAAUUUGUGGCUGAACAGCUGGUGUAAUAGUGAUGGGCAACAAAGUCACUUUCAUUAUGACCACUUUUUGAGUGGUGCUUCAAUGUAAAGUAACGAGUCUGGCUGCUUCGUCCCUCAUGGAAACAUUUUCUCAGAAUUAAAGCUUUUAAAAUGGGAAUCUCUUUAAAUUAGAGUCUCCAAAUCUAUUCAGUUUCAGUGUCUCGAAUUUCAGACAGUUUUAUUUCCCCAAAGACACCUAUUUGUUAUAAAUUUCUCAUUUUUUUUUCAUCAUCAAGUCUGUUAAGCUCCUUCCCCAUCCCCUCUCCAAUGCAUUGUGAAUCUUAAAGACCUCAGCACUCAGCUCAUCCCUGUAAGGAACUUAUCUGAGAAGUCAUCCUAGCUACAGCACAUGCUUCAUGAUGGAUUUUUAAAAGCAAACCCAGCUAUCCCACUGAAUAUAAAAUUAAUUCAACUGCACCCUUAAAUAUAAUUUUGGUUAAUUUUCAUAUUGGGUAUUCUUGGACACAUGAGUGCAGAUAACACUAAUGUUAGCCCUUUUCCCAUUGUACAGCUGUCUCCAGCCCAUCACUAUGGCACACUGUAGAGUGAGCUGAUAGCUUAAUCGGGAUAUUUAUCUUGUGGAAAUAUAAGAAUUGCCUAUGCUUGUUUAAAUAAAAAAAAUCACAAUUUUUGUUUUACAAUUGUAAAGCUUUUUUGUAGAAGCUCAGUACUUUUCCAGUGCACUGUUGUACUAAUGCAUUAAGAAUUAAAAUUGUACCAUGCUUAGAAAUGAAGAGAAUGCUUUUCAUAUAAGACCCACCACACACAGAGCAAACUAAAUACAAGCGAGCUGCUUUUGUAAAUGUUAUUGUCAAGAGCAGUGCAUAUCUGUACUAUUUAAUUUAUGUGAACAGCUACUGUAACAUAAAACAGUUAAGAAUUAGACAUCUUAAUUUCAUUAAAACUGAUGGAAAUUGAAUGUUAUAACUGCAGUGUCUUGGCUCAGUAAUGCCACCAAAAAGGUGAUGAUAAAAAAGAAAUAGAAACCUGCUCUGAAGACGGGUUUUUUUUUCUUUGUAUGGUUACUGAUGUGUAAUGAUACAAACUUGUAUGUACCAGUUUCAUACAGUGAGGAUUUUGCCCAAGUUUUGUAUUAAGCUGUAUUUUAAUCACUGAGGGAGCUGGAUGUAACUUUCAGCAGACAAAUGUUGGGAAAUUAAUUUUUCUCCUCCCACUCUAAUGACCUAGUAAUCUCUGGAGCUUUGUUAAUGAUUUAACAUGCUGGCCUCCAAAAAUCAAUGGCAGUUGCAUGUGACCUAAGUAUCUGUGGUAGAGAAAUUAACGUUUAGGUGUAAAUGAGAAAUAAUCUUCUAACAGAAGUUUCUCAAAUAAAUUGCCAAUCUUAAAUUAUUGGUUACUGGAGUACAUUUAAAAAAUGAAAUUUCAAGUUGUUUGAAUUUGCAAUUUAUUUUCCUUAAAGUAAAAUAUUAGGCAUGUUUCUUUACUGUUAAAGACUGUCUAAAUUCCACUUGUGUUUUGUAUUAAAAGUUAGUGUGAGCUUAUCACAAUUCAAAUCUUAUAAAUGCAUUUACACAAUUUUAAGUCAGCUUUGGAAAUGUUCAUACCUCAGCUGUCUUUACAUGGUGGGAAACCUCUUCCACAUCUCCCCCAUCCCCAAGAAACCUUUACUCUUUAGUAGCUUUGCCAAUGCUACAUGCUUCUCAAGGAAAGCAAUGUUCUAUUUCAAUUAAAAAAAAAAUAUAGUAGUUGUUAACUAGGGAUAUGAACUGCUCUUGCUGGCUAGAUCCAAAAUGUUGCUCGAUACUCAGAUGACAAAACCAAACCUGACCUAUCUUUUUUUACAUUAACUAAUCUUCAGUGUUUGAGUGGUGGUUACAUAGAACGUCAUCCUAGCUGUUAAGCCAUUAUAAUUGAACUACUCACCAGCCAGUUCAGGAUUCCAAGAUGUUCUGGAGCCCUCCCAUUUUUCUAACAGUGUAUUUUCAUGUCAUUCUCAGUUCUAUGGGGAAUCCUGGCUGGUGAGCUCACUUUCCUUGUGGUGGAAUGCUCCAUCAUUGUAAGGGUGUUCCUUAUCGUAUGUUUUUAAAACAUUUAUAAACAAAUACAUGCUCUCAAAUGUUCUCUCUGAGAUGUGUUCAUCUAUAAAAUUGGAGGUUAGAUAUUAAUGUUACUGGUUGGGCUUUGUUUCAUGAAUGUAGCUAAUGAAUCUUAAGCCAAAACUACUUCUCAAACAUUGGACACCCUGAUUUUUGAAUCUUUUCUGUAGUGUGCACGUAAGUGCAUGCAAUCACUCGCAUUUUUCACUCUUUGCUGACUUGGACUGUAGAAUUAAAAUUGAAAUAUUUUA